AUGAAAGACCUCGCUAAAGAAGCCAUCGACGAACAAAUCGAUAAAAUUCCGGUUGCGAAGCUACCUAGCGAAAGUAUUUUACCAAGGUAUCCUUUUGGAAAAGCAAAGUGGAUUAAGCCAAGAGGAGAAAAUAAAACUAAUUCUGCCGGUCCUCGCUCACCAAAUCGACCAAUUCAAGGAGCGAUUAUUCGGAAAAGAUUUGGGGAAAAAUUAAGUGACGCUGAGACAAAGCAAAUGGCAAGUAAGUUAAUGAAUACUUUGGAAAGUUUGACCGAAGAAGAAAUAAUUUUACUGAAAGAAAAAACCAAAUUAUUUUUAGCAAAAUUGAUAAACAACUAUGCUCCACCACAAAUUAAAAACUCACCCGAGGUUAUGAAAUUAAUUAAUUCUUCCAUCAAUUUAGUUCUGGCUCUCAGUGAUGAAAAAGUGCUUAAAAAUGUCAUUAAUUUAAUGGUGAAAUCAGGAAAAUUAGCCUUGCAAAAUCCCCAAGCAUUUAAAGGCAAGUCUCCUUUUGUUAUCGCACAAGAAGCCGGAUUAGAAGGAGAUGUAAAAGACUUAAUUACUGGUUUAACUAAUCAUUUCAAUAAAUUAGCCGGUGAAGGAGAACAAAAUAAUAACCUACUAACCAACCAAGAAACAAUAAUUCAAAACCUAUCUUCCCAACUGGCUAACUAUCAACCAACCUCAGGCGGAGAUAAUGAUUUUUGUAAUAUUUUGAGUGAUAAUUUAUUAACCAAAGGCUUGACUAAUUCUUUUGAUAAUAAUUCGGGUAAUAAAGAGUUAACUGAGGAAAACAUACUAAACGACUUCAAAGAAGUAUUUACCACUACCCAAAGCAAAGAAAAAUGA